AUGACCACCAGCCAUUCUGCUGCCGUGGUCGCCAGUGGCAGCCCAGACCGCGACUCCAACCCAGCCAACGAGAGCUCAACAGACGCCGACGUGGGUCUGAGUCCGAACCGCGACCUUGAGCAGCAGCCAAGCGGCCAUGAUGCAGGCGAGCGGGACAUAAACUUGCAAAAAUUCACUGAUCAAACCGACCAAACCGCCCAGUCGCCCGCCACCCCUUACGCUGCUCCAGCUUCAGAACCAGCUCCAGCUCCAGCUUCGGCUUCAGCUGCAGCUACCGCCACGCUUGUCGCUACGGUCGCAUCCACCCCCUCACAUAACGGAGGGCCUGCAGAUCUCCGAAGCAGCACUCUUCUGGAACCUGAGCCGUCGCAUGAAGUCCUGGUUGCCGCAUUUCGAAAGACAUCGCCUGGUCUUGCUGCUCGCCUAAAGGCUCUGGGCCUUGAAGCAGCAGCCAAGCGAGCAGCCAUCGAAAAGCAGCACAUCGAUUCCAUCGGUCGACUUGACGAAGAACAGCUCCGCCAGCUCGACGAGAAACACCAAGCAGGAUCCGUCACCGCCGUCAUCUCUCGGCGCGGCCGUCCCUGGAAAGGCCCUGGCGCCCCUCCUCCGCAUAGCAGAUCACUUAGCCAGUCGGACGUAUCCAUGUCUCCUCUCGCUGAUUCCUAUCAGCUACCUGAACUGCCUGAUAUCCAGGAACCAGAAUCCCUCGAAGACGCCCUUGCUAAAUCUCUCGCCAUGGAUACGCAAAAAUAUCGGCUGCCCGACCACUUAAACGGUAAUGGAACCAAGGUCACUCUGGAUACUCGACGCGAACACCUUGAACGAAUUACGCGUCCGCCUUCUCCCAAAGAAUAUCCGCCUUUGCCUUCCUCGCCUCCCGCCGCUUCCCCUUCACAAUCGCCUUCAAAUUCUCUUUCCUAUUCCCCCGCAUAUUCCCCCUCCCCUCCAACUCCUCCACCAAAGGAAUCGCCACUUGUAGAAACAGCGCCUCCCGAAAUAAUCGCCUUCAAUGAUUUCACGCCAGACAUGAACUCAUACUUUACGCCGAGCCACAACCGACCUGGGUCGAUAUACACUCUCUCACGAGUGUCGUUUGCUAAUCAGCUAGCUCAGCUAACAACGCUCGGUAUUCCUGAUGCCGAUGCACUUUCUAGCAAGGUUUCGGCAAUCCCAACGGCACCAGUGGCCUCCAAGGCUCUUAUCAAUGCUGCCGAACAGAUUCGCAGCUGGAUUUCCAAGGCCCUAGAAGUCGUUGCCGGACUGGACAGUGAAGAUGACGUAGAGUGGGCGGCUGCCGGUGGCCGUGAAGGCUUGGAAGAAGUUGAGAAUGCCAUCAGUCGUUUCGAACAUCUCAUCAACGCCUAUGUUAACGCCAUCGAUGAGCUGCAAAACCGGCCUGAUAUUGCUGACGCGUCCACCGACGAUCUUAGACGAGCCGUUACCCAGAUGGAGGCGAUUGCAGAUGAAUGGGCUCGGAUAAAGCGAACUCUGCAGAGCGUGCGAAACCAAGUGGAAAUUGCCAUGGAGUGGGAAGAACUAUGGAAUAGCGUACUGGGUGAUAUACAGACCGAAAUGGAUGAACUUUCGCGGCUCGUUUUUGAGAUGGAAGAGCGUCGACACAAGAGCCUUGCCGUGGCCGCAAGCGGUGACAAUGUCGACAUUGGUGAUUUGGAGACUAUUGUUGAAGAUAACCCUCUUUCAGCCGCGCGGCUGCAGCCGUCGAAUCGCCUCAGUCUUGCCUUACCGCUUACUCCCAACGCACCAGGGAAUACGGCCAUGUCUCAAGAUGAUUCUAGCCUGCUCGCUCUUUUUGCUAGGAUGCAGCCUUUGAGAGCAUCUCUAGAUUUUCUGCCCAUGCGAUUGUCCGUCUUCGAACAAAGGGCGAAGCAUGCAUUUCCUACCGCAUGUGAAGAGCUGGAUAUGCGACACGAUGGCCUGGAUGCGAGCUACAAGAAGCUCGAAAAGGACGCGGAGUCUCUUCGUAAAGAGCUCGGGGAGGAUAGAUGGGUUAUUGUCUUCCGCGGUGCAGGACGGCAGGCGCAGAAGAUGCACGAGUCUGUGGAGCGGUCUUUGAUGAAGCUAAGGGAAGCUAUUGAUUCCGGCAUGCAUUUGACGAACCAACCCUCCAUCGCCAAAAAGAUUGAGAGCUACGAGGCCAAGAAAACGCAUUAUGGUCCCGCUAUUGGGCGAGUGCUGGCUAUUAUUGACAAGGGUGUCAAAGAUCGCUUGACCGUCAAUGGUGAGAUCUUGCGUCUUCAUGCAGAAAUGCAAACGCGAUGGGAGUCACUGAAGCUUGAUAUGGGAGAUAUGGAUGCCAUUCUCGAGGAUAUCUACGCAGAGAGAAAGAGCCAGCAACUACGAGAUUCCAUCUCCAGCAUGCUCUCCAACGACAGGUCUACCAAUGGCAGCGGCAUGGAAACUCCAGGAAGCUCCCCCCCUUCGUCUGUGAUCAUGCCAAACUUUGGCCGUGAUCCGCAUACGCCUGCACGGAAACAAGGUGUAAAUCAACUUCGAUCCCCUAACGCGAGCUCUUCUAGCCUCAUGUCCGCCUCCUCUAGCCGAAGAGACUCGUCAUUACCUGCUCCAGUCUCAAGGAUGGGUAAGAAGACUCCAUCUCGACUCUCCUACUACCCCCCUUCAGCAUCUGCCUCGACCCUACGACCUGCGUCCACCAUGGGGCACCGACCAAGAUGGAACUCUUCUGCAAAUACUUUGGAUGUCGAUGGUAGCCACACCCCACACAGAACGCCUGCGCCCAUAAGAUCGACGUCGGCUCUUACGCCGCUGUCUACCUCCAAGCUGCCGACCCCCCGGAGCUCUCUCACCCGGGCCGGCUCAGAGUCCCCUAUGUCGGAGUCAUUCCCCAGAUCUUGGUCUAGGACGGGCAACUCUCGACUUUCAUUCCGUGACCGUCUCACCUCUCCUGGACCUUAUUCGCAAUCUACUCUGUCCAAACAAACACCAUCUCGUCGUUCCAACGUACAGCCCACCGUUUCAACCUUGAACCUGGAUACCCAAAACGUCCGCCCUAGCAGCUCCAUGGCUACGUCUCGUCGGACUAGCUUGCUGCCUAUGCCAAGACGGCCAGAUUCAACCCGUGGAUCAAGCCCUCUCCCCAUAUUCAGCCGGUUUACUUCUCGCAAGUAUAGCGACAACCCCCCCGAGCCGAAAGAUCUUAAGCCCAGGUGGCGAUUUUGA